GGGUUCUUUGGAUUUGGCUGAUUUCAUUAAUGUGGAAGAAUUAUAUUGUUAUGAUAACCAAUUAACCGGAAUUAAAUGGGCUACUAGUGUACCAAGUAAAUUACGGGUCUUGCACGUGGGAAAUAAUAAUUUUCCGGCUCAAGAUCUAUCUUUAUUUAGUUCUUUGGCGGCUUUAGAAACACUUAACCUAGGAAAUAAUAAUUUUACUGGCAGUUUGCGGUGGUUAGAAGGUUUAAUCAAUCUCCAAGCAUUAGAUAUCAGCGAUACUAAUAUUGAUAGCGGCUUAAAUUAUUUGCCAAAGAGUGUGAAAAGUUUAUUUUGUCGAGUAGAAAGAAAAGUUAGUUGUCAAAAAAUUAAGGAAGAAUUAGAAAAUUAUCAUUUGGGGCAUGAUUGCUAUGACUUGGCUGCCUGGCGAAAGGUAGAAAAUUUGUCAGCCAUGCCUGAAGAAAACAAUAACAAAGAGUUUUAUAAUUUAGGCACGGGAUUAGCAGAUCCAGAAGAGAAAUUCCUGAAACUGGCUGGCAACAUUUUUCAUGAACUUGCCCAGAGCAAAAGAGAAAAAAUUGAUACAACGCUCUGGCAAAAGAAGUUAAGAGAAUUCCGUCAGGCGUUGGCCGAGAUGGACCAAAGUGAAGAAGAAAAUGUUUUUAACCUGACUAAUUUCCGGAACAGAUUUAAAUUUGAUCCACAUGAUCUAGUGUCCGUAGUUGAAAAAUACAUAUUAGCACAGGAAAAGGAAAAUAGCAAGCAAAGCGAGGAGAAGUUAGGGUCCCAAGAUAUUCUUAUAACCCAAAUUGAGAAUAAAUUGCUGGUCCAAUCCCUGAUGGAAACCAAGAAGUAUCAAGAUUAUAUUGACAAUUUGCAAAGUCGGCUAGAAAAAAAAGAAGAAGAAAUAACCGAAUUAGAAAUAACAAUAGUUGAGUUAGAUAAAAUUAACGAGAAAAUGUGCCAGGAAAAAGAAAUUCUUGUAACCGAGUUAAGCAAGAAAAACGAAAAGAUGAUUAUUCUACAAGAGCAAAUGAAGAUUCUAGAAUUAAAAAUAUUAAAAAAUCUAUACAAAAACAAAAUAACAACUAAUAUGACAGAAAAAGAAAAAAAUAGCAAUAACAUAAUAAGCGAACAAAAAGAAAGUUUAUCUUUUUACUCCACUUUCUUUACCGAUAAUAUUAAGUUUAAAAAGGGAGAUAUUUAUCAACUUUCUACUUCCGGAAGUCUGGUGCAAGAUUCUUCUGAAAUCGUUCAAGGAAUUAGCAAUGGAAGUUAUGAAUUUGAGAAAUCUUUCCCCUCUUUAUUGAUUAAAGAGUUGUGGGAGUCCAACCAAGAAAAUAUUGAGGAACUGGAUUUGUUAAAAAAAGAAUUUGAAGACAAGAAGAAAUAUGUUGAUGGAAUAAAUGAAGAUUUGCACAAGUCUAAAGAGGAAACAGAAUUACAAAAUGAAUUAAAAAAUGUUAGAGAAAAAAACCAACAAUUAGCCAGCAGUGAGGAGAAUGUAAAAAAAUUGACCAAUCAAUUAAGCGAUCUGCAAAAGGAGAAAAUUCAAAUCGAAAAUGAGCGAAUUACCCCGGAAAGAUAUAUGAAAAUGCUCCAAGAGAAAGAAAGUUUGAAAGAGGAAUUAAAAUCUGAAAGAAAAAGAAGACAAACCUCUGAUGAACGAGCCGAAGAGUUCGUUCAAGAAGGGCUAAGUGAUACUAUUGAAACCAAAUUACAAACCAAGAAAAAUGAAUUACAACAGUUGAAAUUUAGUGCUAAUAAAAAAUUGGGAAGCGAACAAGAAGGUCUUUUAAAAGAACUUUUAGACAGACAUGAGGCCUUAGAAGUAAUGCUCUUUGAAGAAGUUAAUCAAAAGAGCAGAAGUUUCACUAAUGCCCAAAAGAGAUUGCAAGAAGCCAAAGAUAAUUUAAUAGGCAAGUUGGAUGAUGAAGAAAUCGAAGAAAUUUGCCAAUUGCAAACCGAGAUAAUUAAGUUAGAAAAUAGCCAGAUUGAGGGAGGAUUUGAGCCACAAGAUUAUGGUUUAGUAUUUUUUGUAUAUAACAGUUUGGGGCUUAACGCUAAAAAUUCCUUAAAUAAUUACAAUUUAGAAACGCUGAAAAACUUUUAUCAGGAAAAUUUACAAGAGCAAGAAAUAAUUGCCCAAACCAUUGAAGAUGGCCGUGAAGACGAACAAGAAGAAAUUGCCCGAGCCAUUGACCUCUCUUUAAGAAGUCCCAAUUCUUUGGCUAUCGAACCGGAAGAAACCGACCAGAGUACGGCAGAGCUAACUAAUCGCCUUAACUAUUUAACUGCCCAGGUGGUUUCUGCGGAGGAAAGAAUUCAAGAAUUAGAAGAGUCUAAUGAGGAAUUGAAAAAAAGCAAAAAUGAAAUAGAAGAAAUUGUGAGGGAAUUAAAUUUAGAAAAUGCUGAUUGGAAAAGACAGGUAGAAGAACUUAGGCAAGAAAAUGAAGCCUUGACUACCGAAAUAGAGAAGUUAAAAAUAGAAAUUAGACAAAAUAGGUUAACUUCCUCCCAACACCAGGUCCAAAUUGCUAAUUCUAAUCAAGAAAUAAUUAGGCUUAAUAAUCAAUUGGCAACCAGCCAACUUAAUUGGCAAAAUGAGCAGCAAACUCAUCGGCAAACAAAAAAUGAUUUGAAUAGGGCUCAAAUCACUAUCCAAAAAUUAGAGGAGCAGUUAGAAAAUUUGCCUAAACAAAUUGUUGUUCAGAAAGAACAAAUUGACGAUUUACAAAAAAAAUUGCAACAAAAGCGACGGGAAUUAGAGCAAGGUUCAACUUUGCAGCAGAAAAAUCAGGCUACUAUUCAAGAUUUAACCAACCGCUUAAAUAACGCGAGAAAAAAUGCCGAGCAGAUUAUCCAACAAUUACAAGAACAAGCGAAUAUUUUAACUCAAACUAAAGAGUCUCGGCCUGAUAUUACGGAAAAACAAGAAUUAGCAACCAAAAACCAGAAUUUAAAAACUCAAUUAGGAGAAAAAGAGCAAAAAGAGUUCUCAGAAAUCACGCAAAAUCAACAAUCUAUCCAGCAAUUAACCGAAAAAUUACAAACGACGGAACAAUUACUCAACGAUAAGACCAAGGAAAAUCAAAAAUCUCAGGAAUUAUUACGAAGUCAAGCCCGAGAAAUAGAAUUAUUACAGCAAGAAAACCAAGAACUUAAAAUUAAAAGAAAAAAUUAUUGUCAAAGUAUACUGCAAGAGAUGUUGGAAGAACAAUCUAAACUACAAAACAUUUCCAGUAGCAAGGAUAUAAUGUAUUAUUUAGAUAAACAACAAAAAUUAAUUGAUAAAUUGACUAGUAAUUUUGGGGCAGAGUUAAAUAAUGAACAAUGGCAAAUGCUUUAUCAGUUGCAAAAGCAAAUGAAUAAAUUACAAACUAGCCUGCUGGAAGUUAAAAAAGAAAACAAUAUGGUAAACAAUAAAGAAAAAGCCUACACCACACUUAAUUUGAGUCCGGAGGCUACAGAAUUAGAAAUUAAAAAAGCCUAUCGGAAAUUAUUCUUUGAAUAUCAUCCGGAAAGGAACAUUAAUUCUUCCGAUAAGGCCUACGAGUUAUUGAAACCCGAGUUAUCCAUAGAUUACAAAGUCAAUUUUGGGGUUUCUGAAACCGAAAUCAAAGAAUUUUUGGAUGAAGAAGAAGCAUUAAUUAGUGAAAGCCAAAGCGAUAAAAGGGGAGAAUUCAAUAAUUUAAGUUACUAUCUAGAUCAAUGGAAAGAAAUAGAAAGGGACAAUUUAAAGUACGGGAGUUUACAGACACGGGUUCCCGAAAAAAAUUUAGAAGAAAUAAAAAAAAUUUAUCAGGCUGGUGAAUGGGAAAAUUUCUUUUCUUGGGAGGAAGCAGAGGAAGCCGCUAGUGCAGAAGGCCAAGUUAACAAAUUGGAAUUAGAAAAGCGAGAUAGAGCAGAAGAAGAUCUGCACGAACAUUUAGCAGCCCUUCAGGCCGCCAAGGAUGUGAAAGAAAUUUCAUUGUGGUCAGCUGGGUUACAAUACACCGAAAAGGAUACGGAAAAAUAUUAUGAUGUUUUGGGAUUGACAGAAGAUGCGACACCGGAAGAAAUUAAAGAAAGAUACAACGAACUUUCUCUUCUCUAUCACCCUGAUCGACAAAUAGGUAAAACAGAGAUCGAAAAAGAGCAAGCAGAAGAAAAAUUCAAAUCCAUAAAUAAUGCUUACGGAGUUUUGGAAAAAUGGAAAAAAUUUUUCACUUCUCAACAAGUUAUUGAUAAGGAAUUUGUCAAAAAAAUUGAAUUGGCCUUACAGGGAGAAUUAGAGACUAACAAUUUAAGGCAGGAAGAAUUGACUGCUUAUUGUGAAAAUUGGAGAUCAUAUCACUUUUUUCAUAAGAAAAGCGAUAGCGGAAAAGCAGAGGGUGCGGAGAGAGGUAAAAAAGAAGGAAUCAAACCUUAUCAAGCCAUUAAGUACGCUCGCGAUUAUUUAAAUAUUAUUCAGUUAGCAGCAGCGAAUAAAAAAUUAACCGAGACUUCUUUGGAAGAUAUUGACAAGCAAUUAUCCUCAGAGGAAAAUGGUCCUAAAUUAACUCCGGCAGAAUUGAAUGAACCCAACCGCACACAGAAUAUUUACGAUAAUUACGGAAAUUAUCGAGAAAUAAUUACUAAUCUAACUAUUGAUUUUUUAGCCGAAGAAAAAAAAAUUAAAUCCCGAAAAUUAAAGGACAAAUUAGAUAAAUUUAUUGAAAGGGUCAAAGACAGAAUUACCGACGUAAGAAAAACAAAAAGCAAAAUAUUAACAGAAUUGGACCAAAAAAUAAAAGCUGGCAACGAUCUUGUUAAUAAUUUGACGGAGGAUAAAGAAAUAAUUAAUAAUUUCUUAACCGACUUUACUGGCUUUUUGGCAGAAACACGGACCAAGACAAGUUAUGAGGGAGAAGUAGAAAAGUUAAUUGUUGACGAGAAUGAGGAAGCGUUGAAAAAGGAAGUAGUUGUGGUUAAAGUAAAUAAAGAGGUGAUUAAGCAGAUUCUUAACCAAAAAGAAUCCGAGAUAAACAUAUUAAUUAGCCACUUAAAAGAAUACCUCGAAUUGGAGCAAGUUACUGAAAAAUUAAAAGAGGAAAUUCGAGAUUUUUCUGAUAAUAAUGAAUCUAUUAGUGAAGAACAAAAACGAGCCAUUAUUGAAUAUUUAGACGAUUUAAUUUUUCAGGCCAAAAACAAUUUAGAGCAAGCCCAAAAUAAUAUAAUUCAAACCUUUUACUAUCAAGGUAGCAAAGAUUAUUCGCUAGCGAUCAAUGAAACUAAUAGUAAAGAAAAAGCCGAAAAUAUUAGGGCUAAAAUAGUUGAUGAAGUCAUUUUUUACUGCGAGCAUGUAAAAGAAUACAAAAGGGAAAUCGGUAAUGAGAACGACCAUCCAAUUUACGAAGCAGUGAAAGGAAGUUCAAAAAAAGUUAAAGAGAUUCUGACCGGUUUUGUUGCUCUGUUAAAACAAGAAACUGAAAUGGAAUUAGGAAAAAGUUUUACUACUUUAUUGCCCGAACAACAAAAUUUAUUGAAAAUUUCCGGAGAAAGUAAUAAUUCGGCUAGAAAUCUUACCGAAAAUAAACGAAAAAUAAAAGCGGCCAAUCCAAUUAAUAAUCAGCAAGAUACAGAAAAUGGAGAAUGGGAAAUGCUAAAAUCAGAGCAGGAAACGGCUCGGACCGAGGCAGAAAGAUUGACUCAAGCAACUGCUCAGCAAGAAGAAUGA